UGUAAAUCGGCAAAAGUUCCAUUUGCGGAGUGGAUGAUUAGGAAACCAACGUCAGGGUUCUUAAUGUGUUUGAACCACACGUGAGUCACGACUUUGAAGCGACAAGUAGAAAAACGAAGGAACAUUUUGGAGGGAAAUCCUGCAACCACAAAAAGACGCUGCUGACUCGAACAUCGUUUACUUAAUUCAAACCUCUUCUUCACUUCUUCGCUUGUGAAAUCACUGUAUCCUCGUUUUAGCAACAACUCUACUCGUCAAUCGCAGACAAAAAGAAAUGACAACGGAAGCUCGACCGAAAAUUGGAGUUGCCGCGCUUGUCUACGGGCCUGACAAGCGACUCAUCAUCGGGCGCCGGAAGGGUUCCAUCGGCAAAGGCCAAUGGGGUUUUCCUGGAGGGCACCUAGAGUAUGGCGAGUCGGUCGUGACUUGUGCAGAGCGCGAGACCCUUGAGGAGACGGGUCUAAAGAUCCGCGGGAUCAAGAUCGCCGCCGUCGCCGAGAGCGUCUUUCAAGAUCUGCACAUGCACUACAUCACCUUGUUUGUGCAGUGUGAAAUGCAGGAUCCCGAUGCGCAGCCAGAGACCUUGGAGCCUGAAAAGUGCGAGGGAUGGGAGUGGAAAUCGUGGGAUCAAAUCAAGGCCAUGGCGAGUCAAGGGGACGAGACUGACCAGCUCUUUGCGCCCAUCAUCAACCUGCUCCGCACCCAGCCUGACUUUGGGUACGAAACCUGAAAAGCUCCGGUGUGACCUUCCCCUCUCUUCAACCAGAACAGGGGACCUGGAGUGUGUGGAUUAACCUUAGAAGUAAAGUUUCGGCGAUUUUCUUGGCAGAUGUUAGAUCCUGAUUGUAGAACAUAAAUUCGACACAAAUAAUGAGUUCGAUGCAGCUGUUUUUGGCCAAAAGAAUCGCUGAGGGUUGGCAGCACGGAGUACUGUACCCCGCACCAACUCACUGGAGGAGCACGGCUGGACUGGGAGGUGCGGUGCGGGGUCUUGCUGUGAUAGAGUACCUAGGUACUGCCGCAAUCGACCCCGUACUCUGUACUCUAACCAUGCCAUAUAAAUGUGCUUCACUGCAGUUCUCACAAGCAACCGAAUUGAGCCUCUG